ACUGUAAAUUGUCCAGUAUGGCCAAAGGCAUUCUGGGUGAAGCUGGUCUCCAUUUUGAUGAGCUGAAUAAACUGAGGGUUUUGGACCCAGAGGUGUCUCAGCAAACAGUAGAGCUGAAAGAAGAAUGCAAAGCCUUUGUGGACAAAAUUGCAGAAUUUAAAAAAACUGUGGGAAACUUCAUUGAGCUGGUCGAUCAGCAAGCAAAAGCAGCUGAAAAUGAGAAGAUUAAGGCAAUAGGGGCCCGAAACUUGCUGAAAUCUAUCACGAAGCAGAGAGAGGCUCAGCAGCAGCAGCUUCAGGCACUAAUAGCUGAGAAGACAACCCAGCUGGAAAGGUAUCGCGUGGAAUAUGAAACACUUUGCAAAACAGAAGUGGACCAGAAUGAGUUCAUCGACCAGUUCAUAUUCCAGAAGUAAAAA